AUGUUAGUGAACGAGGAGGGUAGACAGUUGAAUGAGGAGGGUUUGCAGUUGGGCGGUGAAGGGCACAUAGUUGGAGGAGGAGGGUUUGCAGCCAGUGGCGGGACAAGCCCAAAAACUCUUUUUCUCCUCUUAUGCCUGCGCUAUACAGACCAUGUGCAGACGUUUGAGUGUGCAGACGUUUAUGUUUUAGAAGAAAUUUCAUUUAAAAAGCACCGCCGCCUCCACCUUCCACCGCAGCCACAUUCCACCACCGCCGCCUCCUCCUGCUGCUGCCGCUACCUCCUUCCACCGCAGUCCCCCUCCUUCCACCGCAGCCACCUUCCACAACCUCCUUCCACCACAGUCCUCCUCCUUCCACCACAGCCACCUUCCACCGCCUCCUCCUUCCACCGUAGUCCUCUAGGGCCGUCACCCUUCAACACCAGCAACAAGGGUGUCGAAUGUGCUAUUACGCAAUUAAGGACCAACUUGUUUUCCAUAAGAAGUUGGGAGAUUGCUGAACCCUCCAAUGUUUCCAUUGAUACAACCAUGGGAACCUCUAGGAUUUUGACCAAGCAUGCUCGAAAGUACAACACGGAUGCAUCUUUAGAUUCAAGCCCAUGCAAGAAAGAUGUCAGUAAUACAAAACAAGCGUCGAGCUAUUGGGGCAUGGCCAUCGUCACUCAUCAAGGCCGUUGGAUCUGCUUGGAAGUGGAACGGUUUUCGGAAAAGUUGAAUCAAAUAUGAAGAUGAUAUCAAGCGGAUUUAACUGCCAAAGCCCAAGGGCAGUGUAAGCCCAUGGCCAUGGUGCUAGACUGCCAACAACAAUAUUAUGCAUUUAAAUUGUACUGAGAUCGAAUUUGAUAAAUGUUAUACACUUAGUCAU